GCUCCCGGGUCCUCUAAGAGGAGGAAACGCCACCCAUGGCACACAGUGUCCCGUCGGAGAGCAGAGCGAGCCAUCGUCCCGCGAUACGUCCCCACGCCACCCGCGGGGCACCCCGGGGCUCGCGUCCGCCCGGCCGUACGCCAAAAUGGCGGCUCCCGCGUAUUUCCGCUCGCGUGCUGUAUCGUCUUCGCCGCCUGCGCCCGCGCCCCGAUUGGCCCCCGCGGCGUCCCGUCGCCGCGUCGCGCUGCGGGCCCGUCGGAGCGACGCCGCUCGGGUCAGUCGGCGGCCGGACAGGAAAGAUGGACGCAGCUACUCUGACCUACGACACUCUCCGGUUUGCCGAGUUUGAAGAUUUCCCUGAGACCUCAGAGCCCGUUUGGAUACUGGGUAGAAAAUACAGCAUUUUCACAGAAAAGGACGAGAUCUUGUCUGAUGUGGCGUCUAGACUUUGGUUUACAUACAGGAAAAACUUUCCAGCCAUUGGGGGGACAGGCCCCACCUCGGACACAGGCUGGGGCUGCAUGCUGCGGUGUGGACAGAUGAUCUUUGCCCAAGCCCUGGUGUGCCGGCACCUAGGCCGAGAUUGGAGGUGGACACAAAGGAAGAGACAGCCAGACAGCUAUUUCAGCGUCCUCAACGCAUUCAUCGACAGGAAGGACAGUUACUACUCCAUUCACCAGAUAGCGCAAAUGGGAGUUGGCGAAGGCAAGUCCAUAGGCCAGUGGUAUGGGCCGAACACUGUCGCCCAGGUCCUCAAGAAGCUUGCUGUCUUCGACACGUGGAGCUCCUUGGCGGUCCACAUAGCAAUGGACAACACUGUUGUGAUGGAGGAAAUCAGAAGGUUGUGCAGGACCAGCGUUCCCUGUGCAGGCGCCACUGCGUUUCCUGCAGAUGCCGACCGGCAUUGCAACGGAUUCCCUGCUGGAGCUGAGGUCACCAGCAGGCCGUCGCCAUGGAGACCGCUGGUGCUUCUCAUCCCCCUGCGCCUGGGGCUCACCGACAUCAAUGAGGCCUACGUGGAGACGCUGAAGCACUGCUUCAUGAUGCCCCAGUCCCUGGGCGUCAUCGGAGGGAAGCCCAACAGCGCCCACUACUUCAUUGGCUACGUCGGUGAGGAGCUCAUCUACCUGGACCCCCACACCACGCAGCCAGCCGUGGAGCCCACUGACAGCUGCUUCAUCCCGGAUGAGAGCUUCCACUGCCAGCACCCGCCGUGCCGCAUGAGCAUCGCCGAGCUCGACCCGUCCAUCGCUGUGGGGUUUUUCUGUAAGACUGAAGACGACUUCAAUGACUGGUGCCAGCAAGUUAAAAAGCUGUCUCUGCUUGGAGGUGCCCUGCCCAUGUUUGAGCUGGUGGAGCAGCAGCCUUCACACCUGGCCUGCCCCGACGUCCUGAACCUGUCCCUAGAUUCUUCUGACGUAGAGCGACUGGAAAGAUUCUUUGACUCAGAAGAUGAAGACUUUGAAAUCCUGUCCCUUUGAAAAUCCUGGGGUCGGGGGAUGGUGCCUGCGAGAGCUGGGCCCUGUCUCGGGUUCCCGGUGCCGCUGCGUUUCAUCCAUCCCGCCCGCUCGCUUGCCGAGGGCCGCGCCCCGUGCCGCCUCCCCCCGGGGGCCACCCGCUCUGCUCGUGGACUGAGGCCUUACUGCUUGGUGUCAGACUGCCCAGCCCAGAGUGCCUGUCAGGGCCUGUGCAUCCGCACCCGGAGCCGUCGGUUAGGAGCUUCCAGAGCGUUCUCGACACCGCCAGCCCCGCGGUCGCACCUGGGCCUCGGUCCCACUUGCUCCCAGGCACCAGUUCUGUGGUUGGUUUGGAAUUAAAGUCCUGUUUGAAGUUGUCA